AUGGAGACAGACCGCAGUUGGAUGUACAGGAGCCACACAAACGGGCUGCUAACCACAAGGUAUAAGGAGCAUGUGAAGGAGUUUGUCCAGUUUGCAUUACGGCAUCCGGCUUGUAUGAGUGGGGUACAGAUAAAAUGCCCCUGCCCUAAGAGAGGUUGUCGAAAUACAAGCUAUCGGGAUGUCGAUGAGGUGGAAUUCCAUCUAUUGAAGAAUGGGUUCGUGAAAGGUUACCAAGAUGUUGAGUUCGACUAUGAAGAUGAGGGGCCAGGUGAGUUCAGUUCCGCUCAAAGAAUGAUUCUUGAUGCGGCCUGUCCAGAAAUAACGUUUCCUGAAGAUGAGCUCCCGAAUGCUGAAGCUCAAAAAUUUUAUGAUAUGAUGCGUGCGGCUGAAGAAGACAUAUGGCCUGGGAAUAGCAGACACUCUCCAUUUUCUGCAUCUGCUAAAGUGAUGGAGAUCAAGUGUCGACAUAAGGGUUCAGUAGCUUUAGUUGACGACGUAUGCGGAUUGAUACAGGAGCUGUUCCCGGAGGACAACAAGAUGCCAACGAAUUUUGCUAAAAUUAAGAAGCUGGUCAAAGGUUUAGGGUUGCCGGUUGAGGUUAUUGACUGUUGUUUUUAUAACUGUAUGAUUUAUUGGGGGGAGGACGCAGAUCUAACGCACUGCAAAGUUUGCAAUUAUGCGCGGUGGAAACCUGUGACCCACGGAAAAUCCACAAAAAGAAAGGCUAACGUGCCAUAUAGUAAAAUGUUAUAUUUUCCAAUAACUCCGAGGCUACAGAGGUUGUACGCUUCGAAAGCCACUGCUCGGCAUAUGACGUGGCAUGCAGACCACGAGAUGGAUGGUGAUAAGAUGUGCCACCCGUCCGACUCUCCGGCUUGGAAACGUUUUAGUGAACUGCAUUCUGAGUUUGCCGAUGAAGGGAGAAAUAUCAGAUUAGGCUUAUGCUCCGAUGGGUUUCAGCCAUUUACCAAUUUUGGGAAGCAGUAUUCCUCGUGGCCGGUCAUUUUGACGCCGUACAAUCUCCCCCCAGGCAUGUGCAUGAAGGAUGAGUUUAUGUUUUUAACGGUUUUGGUACCGAGGCCUAGAAACCCGAAACACCUAAUGGAUAUCUUCCUACAGCCGCUGAUUGCAGAGUUGAACCAACUAUGGGAAUGUGGAGUCCAGACAUAUGACGUUCAUAAGCGUCAGAAUUUUCAACUAAAAGCGGCUCUUAUGUGGACAAUAAAUGACUUUCCCGCUUAUUCUAUGUUGUCUGGUUGGAGCACUGCUGGUAGAAAAGCAUGCCCGUACUGCAUGGAAAACACCGAUGCAUUCACACUGGAUAAAAGCGGUAAACAAUCGUGGUUUGAUUGCCAUCGCAAGUUUUUGCCUCCGAAUCACCAAUUCCGUCGAAAUGUUACUGAUUUCCGUAAGGGGAAACGAGAGGUCGGCAAAAGGUUUGCAGGGGUGAGAACUGGAGAUGAACUGUUAGCAGAGAUUGAUCGACUGGGGUUUAAGAAGGCAUUUGAGUCUGGUGCGAAAGUUACUAAUGCAUUACUGUCAAAAGAUCAUGGGUGGAAUAAAAAAAGUAUCUUUUGGGAUUUGCCUUAUUGGAGAACAAAUGUAAUACGUCACAAUCUCGAUGUCAUGCACAUUGAGAAAAAUGUCUUCGAUAACAUUUUUAAUACCGUUCUCAAUGUCCCCGGGAAAACAAAAGACCAUGCAAAAUCUCGUGAAGAGUUGAACGACAUCUGUGAUCGGCCAGGGUUAGCUAAAGAUCCGGCAAUUGGGAGAUUUCCAAAGGCAAUGUAUGCUUUGGAUAGGGAUUCAAAACGAGUUUUGCUUGAGUGGAUUCAGAAAAUAAAGUUUCCAGAUGGGUACGUGUCAAACUUGUCUAGAUGUGUUGAUCUAAAGGGGCUGAAAAUGCAUGGAAUGAAAAGUCAUGACUGCCAUGUUUUUAUGCAACGACUUCUGCCAAUCGCUCUUCGGGAGCUACUUCCGAAAAACGUGUGGGAGCCUCUAACAGAGUUAAGUAUCUUCUUCAGGGAGGUGUCACAGGAAGAUCUAAACCGUAUGGAAACUGAGAUCCCAAAAAUCCUGUGUAAGUUGGAACGUAUAUUUCCACCCAGCUUUUUUGACUCUAUGGAGCAUCUCCCCGUGCAUCUUCCGUAUGAAGCUAUGAUGGCAGGACCGGUCACUAAUAAAGGCAGGGUCGAAGGGAGCAUUAGUAGUGGAUAUCUGCAAGAAGAAAUCGCUAAAUUUGCAUCCUAUUAUUUUGCUGAAGGUGAUCCGAUGUUACCCGUGCGUUUGGGAAGAAAUGAAACUUGUGAUAUGGAUAUCGAUGAAGAUGCCGACAGACUGGGAAUUUUUAAACCUAAGGGAAAGCCGUUGCGUGGUAGCGGCAGGAGAUAUCUUGAAGACGAUGAGAUCAUCGCUGCUCGGACCUAUGUUCUUCUGAAUUGUUCCGAAAUCGAAGAUUAUCGAAGGGUUUUUGUGGCCGGAUUGCGCGAAAGGAACAGUGACAUAAGUGAAACAGAAAUUGAAAGAGUGCUUGAAAGUGAUUUCGCCUCUUGGUUCGAACAAUAUGUGAAAGAUCCAACUGUCUGUACUAAUCCGUUUAUUCUGAGUCUCGCAAAGGGACCGUGUAGAAAGGUCACCACAUAUAAGGGAUACCAUAUAAAUGGCUUCAAAUUUCUGACUCAGGAAUAUGGGCAGGAUCAACUUACAAUUAGUAGCGAGUAUCCAGCUCUACCAAUGAAGCAGACCGUCAUUUUCAAAUGCGAAUGGUUCGACCCUACGGAUACUGGCACUGACACUACCAAUCGAUACAACUUGGUAGAUGUUAAUCACAGACGCAGGUACAAUAAAUACGAACCGUUCAUUUUGGCAGAACAGGCUGACCAAGUUCACUACCUUCCAUAUCCAAGUAGAAAACGGGACAAAGUAAAUUGGUGGGCAGUUUGCAAAAUUAAGGCACGAUCAGAACUUGACAUGCCCGAUGCAAUUAUCUCGGCCUUUCAAGAUGACAUUGAAGAAAAUCCCCUUAUAGUUGAAACGGACGACAAUCCCACAAAUUUAGCUGACCUGAAUGAGGUAUGA